AGGUAGGUCAAUUAGGAGUUGAUUCAGGACGUCAGAGAUAAGCUACACGUAAGCUACACUAUAAUCCCGAUAGAAUACCGUCUCCUUUGCCGAUUGCCGUAUCGCACUUCUUUUCUUUGCCUGAAACCUCCUGAGUCCUCGAAGCGAUUUUUCAGAGGGUAACGGAGCGUGAGAACAUUUCUGUGACUCGUUUCUCGUUCAGACCAGUAUGAGAUGUCGGAUGAUAGAUUUGCAGUAAAUGUAAGUAAAGGAAAAACAGAGACAACAGAAACAAGAGCUCCAAGGUCCAGGCCAUCUCUAACCUACCUACACCAAUGAGCUCUUCCAGAUCAAUUGCCCGUUUUGGCUGUCAAAAAAAAGUUUAGCCCUGUUGAUCCGGCUCACUUUAUUCGCGCAUCACGUUUUCGUAUCCGCGCAUCACCCUAAACCCAAAAUAGUAUUUGCUGGGGCGGUUACGUACACCUACAAUCUUUAUCCACCAACAACACUUCAACAACUUCAGUCAUCAACAACACCACGCGCUUCAUCUCGCAAUUCUGCAUCGAUUGCACCUUUUUUUUUCGACCUAAAAUACGUAUUUGCUGAUUUUUGACAAUAUGCCGUUAGUACCACCUACCGAUGCCCAAUUUCCCACCCUCGCCGAAGGCUUCGAAGCCUGGCAGGCACAUGCACUCCGCGAGGGCUUCGCAAUUACGAAGUGCAACGCCUCCAACAAGAUCGAUGGCCAAUAUACACGAUAUACGAUAAAGUGUACCGCUGCUACCGCUGAUCACAAGUCUAUUGCCACGCAAAGGAAGGCUUCAAGCGCCAGAGUUGGUUGCCAAUUCAAAGGCGUGGCAAAGCUUUAUAAAUACCAAGAUAGUUGGACCUUUACCGUUAACUAUCCUCACCAUAACCACCUUCCCUCUUUAUCUACACCUAUUCACCGCCAAAAACAGAUGACCGAACAAGUCCGUAGGAUUAUUCAGACUGGGUUCGAUAAUCUAAUCCCUUGCCGCAAGAUAUAUAAGCUUGUAUUAGCUUUGGAUCCUGAUACUACUAUUACGAAGAAUGACGUUAGUAACGUUAUUUCCAAGAUUCGGCUUCGAAAACGAGGUCUUCAUACAGACCUUACAGCAAAAUAACGGAUAGCUUCACAAUAGCCAGUUCAGAGUCUCCAGGCGUGGCAGGCAUCGUACGCACCGGAAGGGCCAAGGGGGGCGUUAUAUUUGACUUCAAGAAUCGGUCAAAUAGGUGGCAAAAGGGGUGGUUUCAUGUCAAGAUCAACAGACAAGUACCUUUUUCAAGGCGGAUUGAAAAACAGGUCACUAGGCAAGUCCUAGGGCGAGCGUUUUUGCUAGUAAA